CAUUCGACGGACCUCGAAGAGAAGUCGUAUCCGACACUCGGCUCUCAGUGACACGCAAACAGCGAUCAGCAUCGCUCCGAUUCUUCUUUACGUUGAAACCCAAUCGUGCUGUACCUAUACUCGUGUAGAGAGAGAGAGAAAGAGAGAGUGUGUGUAUCUUCUCCUACACGUAUAAUCAAUUUAAUUUCGCGAGACAAUUGAUACUCUUGUGCGGUACGGGCAAAGGAGCAUAUCGGUCCUCGCUGCACUUUGAUCCACAUACACACACGUCACCUUAAUUCGAUCAAUCAUCGGGAAGUUGCUGAGACAUGGCCGGCGCAAUGUGGCCUGGAGCACUACCGUUACUGCUGUUACUAGCGGUCCUGCUGCAUCCAUCGAGAUGUACGCAGGGAGGAAAAGUGAAUUUUCGGGAGAAGGAGAAGCAGGUGCUCGACAACAUCCUAGGACCAGGCCGUUACGAUGCGCGCAUCCGGCCGAGCGGGGAAAACGGAACAGAUGGGCCCGCGGUUGUCCGCGUCAACAUAUUUGUUCGAAGUAUCUCAAAAAUAGAUGACGUUACUAUGGAAUACUCCGUACAAUUAACAUUUCGGGAACAAUGGUUGGAUGAGAGAUUACGGUUUAAUGACUUUGGAGGUCGACUUAAAUAUUUAACCCUGACGGAAGCCAGUCGCGUCUGGAUGCCGGAUCUGUUCUUCUCGAACGAGAAGGAGGGCCACUUCCACAAUAUCAUUAUGCCCAACGUAUACAUACGAAUUUUCCCGAAUGGCUCGGUUCUUUAUAGCAUACGGAUAUCCUUGACGCUCUCGUGUCCCAUGAAUUUGAAACUGUAUCCCCUGGAUCGACAAAUUUGCUCACUUCGUAUGGCCAGUUACGGAUGGACGACGAACGAUUUGGUCUUUCUCUGGAAGGAAGGCGACCCCGUUCAAGUAGUCAAGAAUUUACAUCUACCCCGGUUCACCCUCGAGAAAUUCCUCACGGACUACUGCAAUAGCAAAACGAACACCGGAGAGUACAGUUGCUUGAAAGUGGACCUGCUGUUCAAGAGGGAAUUCAGUUACUAUCUCAUUCAAAUCUACAUCCCGUGCUGCAUGCUCGUUAUCGUGUCCUGGGUGUCUUUCUGGCUGGAUCAGAGCGCCGUGCCUGCCCGGGUGUCACUAGGCGUUACGACACUGCUGACGAUGGCCACGCAGACAUCGGGGAUAAACGCCUCACUGCCACCGGUCUCCUACACAAAGGCUAUCGACGUCUGGACGGGGGUGUGCUUGACUUUCGUAUUCGGCGCACUGCUCGAAUUCGCGCUGGUCAACUACGCGUCGCGUAGCGACAUGCACAGCGAUAACAUAAAAAAGCAGUUCCCGCCGAGCGAUCAGAUGGAACAUUCGUCGUCGAUCGAUCCAUCCUCGGAACUGCUCGAGCCGGAUGGAUCCGCCAACUUUGCCAUGCGACUGCUGCCUCAUCGUACCGGCGGCAAUCCGUCGAAGACGCAGCAUCAUUCGUUGCCGCGUACGUAUCAGCAGGACCAUCAUCAGCAGCAACAGCAUCAUCACUACCCUCAUCAGUUACAUCAUCGUCAUCAGCGUAAUCAUCCGAAUCGUUCGCCGUCGCCGUCUUUCUCGCUGUUGAACGAUGAAGAUUGCGUCGCCGGCCGGUGCUCGCCGAUGAGGGCAUCGCGACACCACUCGCGCAGGAGUUCGACGAGGUCGUCGCCGUCGCCAUCGCGAUGGCCCUCGCCGGCCUCCUCGGCGUCGCCCCUGGGCACGCCGUCGCGCACCAUGUCGCGCGCCGCGACGCCCUCGCCGCCGAUCGCGGCACCGACGUCCGCGGAAUCGACGCUCACGUCGGCGACGGUGCCGUCGCAAACGCGCUGCUGGGAACGCCUGCGGCGGAAAUUUUGCACCUGUAAUUGCCAAGGCAGCGCGAAGAUCGACAUCAUCUCGCGUAUUGGCUUUCCCCUCAUGUUUGCUUUCUUCAAUAUCACGUACUGGUCUACUUAUCUGUUUUACGGUGACGAGGGCAUAGGAGAGAAGAAUUAAAGAGGAGAAAAGCGUAUACGGAGCCAGAAUCACACGUGUACGAAGCCAAGCCGAGUGCGAUCUGUCAAGUCGGAGAAAUCCUUGAAGAAACACCGAGGCAAAUUUUAUACGAGCUCCGAUCGUAAGUUAGUACGUUAUAACAUCAACGAUACUGCAAAUUAGAUCGCGUUUACUCGACGAGGACCGACCAGAAGCACUCCGACAAGAAGAUUCCUCCAUUGCCCGCGCCCGAAAUGGGAAUAUUCCAGGAAGAGGAUCAGUUAAGGCGACAACGAGGAUAUUAGCGACGUUCGGUAGACAUCUCGCGACGGUCCAAUUGAUGAGGACGAUAACAUAUAAUGUCGUGCGUACUAUAUCUUACACAACGUACACACACAUACAUACACACAUACAUACGCAUGCAUACAUGCACAUCGUACCUCAUGAUCCGCUCGGAAGACCGCGUGCCACAGACUGAACUGAAAGCGUAGUGGGCCCUGUAUAGCCACGGCCUGUUAACAAUUAAAGAGAGAAAAAAAAGCGUAAAGUUUAUAAGUAUAUCUAUAUCUACGUUGCGCGAGAUCGCGCGUCGUCGGACCGCGGACGUGUCCGUCGUUGCGAAAUUAAUGUCGGACUGUUCGCCGGAUCCGGUAACAAACAUUACCGUAAAACGGGGUGAGAUAACGCGCGACAUGUCGAGACGUCGUUCGCUUCGAUUUCCACGCGAGACGGGUAAUCGCAUCGACUAGUCACUAGCGCACGAGGGUGAGCAUUUACGCGAGAUGUUUCGUUGUUUCAGGAAUACGAAAUGAUCGGCAUUGUCGCGCGUUAUCCUUUCUCAAGGCUACACCAGAUGCACACGAAGAUCGACCGCGGAAUGUUCGAGACUGAAAAAAGAAUAUUGAAAACUAUAUAUCUAGAAAGGUGCCGAAUAUUCCGAUGAUUUUUCGGGUGUAUAGGACAGCCUGUUGAGCUGGCGGGUUUAUCAUUCCUAGCGGUACCAAGCGACGCGACCGGAGCUUCAGAGGCAUUGAAUAAUCUUAUUGUAUUUUUUUAUUUAUCCCAUACAAUUUAAAAGGAAAGUGUCGCACACAGGAAAUAGUUCUGUCGCGAGAUAUAAAAUGGAGAGACAAAAGGACUCACCAUUGUAAUUUAAUUAUAUCGGUGGAUUUUAGAGAAGCAUCCCCCUGCUUUUCCACCACUGAUACAAGAUGUCUUGGUAUCGCUAGGCUCAAUUCUUAUCCGAGCAGCCUUUCUUUUCGCGAAGAAAACGAAUUAAUGCUCGUGGAAGCGAUUAUUUGACGUAAAUCACGGACAAAAAUUCGAAGUCUUAGGCGAAUUUGGAGAUAAGCAGUGAGAGAACGAAGGAUGUGAAUCUAGCGCAGGUUUCCUUUCUCGCGAAGAUGAUCCGGAGCCCGGAUGAAGAUUGACCCAGACGCGGGUGCGAGCCGAGGGCGAUCGCGGGCUCGCGAUACGAAGUAUCGGCGAAGCGGUCGCGUCGCGCGCAUACCGCGUACAACGUAUUUCCUGUUUCCGCUGCCCCGGGGCGGCGUUCGCCCGGGAAGAACUUCCGGCGACGCGUCGGCACGGGGCUCUCCCACGUAUAUUGCUCAGAAGAGAUCGGCGACGCCGCACCCGGAAAUUUACCCGUCGACCAGUCCGUCGAGGAGCUGCGGUGUCGUCGACCUCGCAGAUGGAAGGUAGAGGAGAAGACACGCAGAACGUAAUUACAAAGAAAGAGAGAGAGAGAGAGAGAGAGAGAGAGAAAAAAAAGGAAAAAAACGAAAAAAAAAGAGAAAGCGGUGCGAACGAUUGUAUUUUUUGAAACACGACGGGAGACGCUAUCCUGAAGCAAGAGACAACACAGAAACAACGCACCGGCGUUUGCCGGCAACGGUAGAACUCGACGAAAACGCACCUCCAGCUCUGCGUCUGGUGGUGGUGAAUAACGAAGAGUGAGGGGUGCACGAUCAAGGCAAAUGACGUGUCGCGUCUUCGAUUUUAAAUCUGGGAAAUCGUCGGGAAGGUAAUUUCGGCCUCCGACGAAUGGCUCCGAUAAGGGGGUGAGUUUCGUCGUUGCGAGACGUGCCCGAUCGCACCCCCGUUCUUCCCCGUUUGUCGUCGUAUUUUUCGUUUACUUCGUAUGUACAACCGAUAACAUAGCGCGUGCGUAAGAAGCGAGAAUUUCGCGGGUUCGACAAUCCGCCCGUGACAUCGGCGAGCAUCUCGCGCCUCCGUAGGACCGCGUGUUGUACCUAUAGGAACAGACGAAGUCACUUCUUUCCAUAAAAGAAUAUAAUAAUAAAUAAAUACGAUCCGUAAGAUUACAUUCCAUCAGGUCGACACGAUAAAUCGAUUUCGUCGUUCUGAGAUCCGCUUUUAUAGCGAGAAGUGAAUCUGUCUCCGGGUACAACAAGCCUACCUGGUUCCAUGAAGCGCGAACAGGAACGGAACGUGUCCUUAACGAAAACCGUUAAUCGUCUAAAUGCAACUAUAAGUGUCAUUCACGGUGAAUGUGUUUUUUUUUUUUUAUAACGAAUCGCCGCACUUUUCGAAAAUAUUACCGUAAAGGUAUAGGAGAUAUUAAGCUGCGAGGGUAGUUUAUAUUUACGAGUUUAUAUUUACGUCACGAUUCACAAAUGAGAUUAUUCGAGUAUCAGCAUUAUUAGGCAAGACUUCUCUAAAUCCCGGAGGGAUGAAGAUUGAGUCAUACUAGCGAGUAAGAAUUAUUUUAUAUUCAGGAGACCCCGGCAUUCUCGAGAUACACCCGCACGGAUCUGUUUCUCUUUGACCUUUUCGGGAGAGGAGAUUAUUCUCCCACCAUAGAGCAAUAGUAGUUCACCUCGUGGUGCCGAUAUUGAUUUUCCUGGAAAUUCAAGCAUUGAGCAUUGGCGUGAGAUCGAACAGAAUCGAACAAGUGCACAUUGUAAUCUCUCGACCCGUGACUCGUCAAGUUCUCCAGAUUCUCGCAAUCCCGGCCUGAGAAGAGGGCUGACAGGUUUGCGUAGAUUCGGAUGUAUACAUUUAUAGAAUCAGGAACGAUUUGCCGGUGCGCGUCUAUGCGUAAGGUAUCCGAACCAGUAUUGUAAUCCAAGUAGACGAACAAUAACCACGUACAACAGUAUUAUCACGAGCAUCGUGUUAGCAAUAAUCGGAAGGGACACUCAAUCUUCACACCGAUUGUUUCAAAUACUCUUGAUAUAUAAAUAUUCUUGAAUGGAAUAAUCGGAUCGUAGAUGUAUAGCGUAGAGCGUAGACAGAUGGACGAUGGUCAUCUUCGUUUUCUCAUUUUCCCGUUUGAGUCAUUUCGUAUUCUACUCCGUGUCUAUUUGUACCGUGUCUACGUGUGUGUAUGUAUGGUUUGGAUAUAGUACGCGUGGACACGUCGUGAUUUGCGCGUAAACAUCCGGUAUUAUCGGCUUUCGCGCGAAGCUUCCAUGGGUGCGACACCAUAUAUAUUUAGGGAUGUCUCUCCGUAUGUGUCUACGUUGAGAGACUUAAAGGGACACAAAGCCAGUAUUUGCGAAACAAAUUUACACGUAGAGAUCGGCGAAUAGAUCUGUCUUUGCGCCUCGUCGACUGUACGUAUAGUGAAUCGUGGCGCGCGAAGAUGCGUUGAACGAGCCUCUCGCACACGCGUCUACAUUAGCGAAGUUCAUCCGAUGCAUUGCACGGUCCGAAUUAAGACUUAAAUAGCUGCGAAAUCUCUCGCAGGGCUACUAGGAAUCGCUAAUAGGAUGAUCCGCGUGAAACCUUUCGCACCAUUCUUAAGAACGAUUUCGACGACAAGCGCGUAUCCUAUUCCGAGGGUAUUUCGCUUCGUUUCUACUCGCGCGAGGAGUCACGAGAGAAGACGAUCGAGAGAUUAUAUCGUUUUGCGCGUAUAAGAACAUGAGAUCUCUUGACACAUCGCAACUAUAAAGUUGUAACAAGCGAGGAGAAACAUCUUUCUCCGAGAGCCUUCUUUCUUCCCGAGUUGCGUUAUUUAGCUUGCGUUACGUGGUUUGUGUUGAAAAUGAAAGAUUCGACUCGAUUUGCGUGUUUUGAUUUGCGACCGAGAACUGCUUCCAACACGUGUUGUCUCGUCUACUACCGAUUCGCUUCCCCUCUUCGAGAAGCCGGCAUGCUCCUCGGUCUUGAAGACGAGGCUUCCGACUACUUUAGCGGCUGUUGGACAAUUGACUGAAUGACUGACGUUUAAUUAUAGAUUUCAUCGAAUCUGCUGCACGCACGCGCAAGCACACGUGUCACCCCGACAGUACCCUCCUCAGUUCCAGCGUCCUAACGCUGAGAAGAAAAAAAGAGAGAUGAAAGAUUCCGAAGUGGAGAUCGGAAAUUCGCGUCCACUGAGGGGGGAUACGCGGUGGACCGGACGUUAAGGACGACCGUGUAAAAAUUUUCACUCUCACCCUCACACUCGUCACCUUGCUUGCUUGGAGUUACUUCGGUCCAGGCGAGAUCGAUCCGCACACCAAGAAACACACGAGUGUCUCGCCGCAGACAUACGGAUACACGCAAAAAACUUAUACAACAUACACAUGAAUAUAUGACCCUCGCACGCACACAAAAUACGAUCCUGUUGUAUCGCGGAUAUAAUUAUAAGCGCGCCAUAGCUCUCUCUCCCACGUCCGAAGACACACCUAAAAGGGUUUUAAUGUUAUUGUUAUAUGCGUACGUUGUAAUAUAUGUGAACGAAGCAUGCUGAGCCCUGUAAAAAAAAAAUAAAUCCCUCCUUUAAACCCCAACUCAUGCGAGGAGCUUGUUACACGCGUAUGUGCACACACAUAUACGAAUAUCCGUGCGUGUCUCGCGAGGAAAUCGCGUUUAUCCGCGGCACGUUGCGCGGAUACAGCCCGAUGGGAAAAUCGUACUUCGAUCUUAACGUUAUCUACGAUUGGAGUAUCGGGUGGUGUGCCGUUUUCUUAUAAUCGCGAACGGAUCCGCGAGCGGCCUCGGCCAGAUCUGUAUUGGCGCAUAUCCUUUGAACACGAAUCGUCCAGCAUUCUGAAAUUGACAGUCACGGUAAACUCCCGUACAGCACACUUGUCCAAAAGCGGGAGAUAAGGCGUCUAAAAGAUGGCUAAAAGACGUCGAAAAGACGUCUUAUGUCUUGAUUUUGGACACGGUGCUGUCUGGGUUUUUACAUUGAAUUAUAAUAAAUUUACUGAAAUGCGAUGCGACUAAUAGAAUAUCUUGGAAACUUGCUGUGUCUUUUAAUCAAUUCGAACGUGCUAUCCGGAGUUGCGGUCGAGGCUGCGAAAGGACCUUCUCGUAAUCGCGAUCGUUCGACGUCGAUCACCUAGCUCCCCGUCUCGAUUAAUUCCUUAAAAACCACGCUCGCCCCGGAUAAGUAUCGACGAGCGGAUAUUGUACGUUUUGUCCACAAUAAUCGUAAAAGAAAAGAUUGUCCUCCGCCGGCGAAAGCGGCGGAACAAUCGACUCGAGCGAGCACGCGCCUCGAGAACGUAUAAGAAAGAUAUUGCAUGUUUGUGAUUCGUGAGUGCAUUUAAGCGCACUAUAUUUCAAGAUGUGUAACAUAAAUUUGUAUCGUGGCACAUAGUCCGAUAAAAAAAGAAAAAGGAAAAAAAAAGAACGAAAGAAAAGGAAUCUUUCCACACGUGAACUUAUUAGAUCGUCAAUUACGCCGGUGUACAUCUUAUAUAUUGGUCGAGUAAUAAAAAUGAUCGUUCUCCUGUCGUCAAGUACUUCACGUGGCUGUAAAGUAUCGGCCAUCCGCAAAGCGAACCAAACGAGAUUGACGCACGAAGAAUAACCGGGUUGAGAGGAUAAACGGAAUUCGGUAUUCUAAAAUUACCAUAAGAUCUUUAAGUACUACCACUGUAAUUAAGAUAAAAAUUAAAUUAAACAGAACAGGCGAAAAAAAAACUGAUCCUACACGUGAA